CAAUUAAGGGCGUCAUUUCGACAGGAAUGUUCGUCAUUCGCGAAAGCCAUAACGUGCUCGCAGACAUGUGCAAAACCUUCCAGAACACACUGGAGGUCAGCAGCGACGAUGAGGAAACCGAAACAAUCGUUGAGCAAAUGGAAGAAACGAUCUACUCACAUUUUCCGAUUUCGCAUCACCUCCUGUUCAAUAAUCCCUACGCGAUCAUCAAGAACUUGCCCAUUCUAAGUCCGGAAAUGCGGGCGAAAACUCCAGCUUUGCCAUUGAAAACACGAUCGACUCCUGCUUUCUCACUCGUCGUGGAUCUCGAUGAAACACUGGUUCAUUGUAGCCUGGAAAAUUCUGAAGAUGCGUCCAUGUCAUUCCACAUGCGGUUCGAUGAUGGGAAAACUCGGGAGGUAUUUGUGCAAACACGGCCGCAUUACAAGUGCUUCUUAGAAACAGUGUCCAAGAUGUUUGAAGUCAUUGUGUUCACAGCCUCUGAGCGCAGCUACGCCGACAAGCUCAUCAACAUGAUCGACCCCAACCGACGCUUGAUCAAGUACAGACUGUUCCGCGAGCACUGUUUGAACGUGAACGGAAAUUAUGUCAAAGAUUUGACAAUUCUUGGCCGAGACUUGCGAAGAACCAUAAUCAUCGACAACUCUCCAGUGGCAUUCGGUUAUAUAGAUUUGACAAUUCUUGGCCGAGACUUGCGAAGAACCAUAAUCAUCGACAACUCUCCAGUGGCAUUCGGUUACCAACUCGACAAUGGGAUCCCGAUCGACAGCUGGUACGCUGACCGCGAUGACAGAGAACUCAUCAAAUUACUGCCAUUCUUGGAAUAUGCAGUGACUGUGGACGAUGUCAGGCCAUGCAUAAGGACAAAAUACAAGCUUUGGUCUAAGCUUGAAGAUUACUAUGCUUGAAAGAAAGGUGGCUUGAGAAGAACUACAGUACUUCAAGCAUGAACUUGCCAAGAUGAAAAUCAGGGCGCCAUCAAGUGGAUACCUGAAGAGAAGACAGACUUCACGGUUGCGAACAAAGCCAAAAUUUAUCCUCAGAGUCUGAUUUUCGAUCGAUUGUCUUUUUUUUCGAUAGCCAUAUUCCUGCAGCCAGGACGAGUAUAAAUAAAAUGAAAAUUUAAGGUUUUCAUCAUGGUGUCCAGACCGAUUUCCGCGUUACUGCAUUUUACCGAUUAAACUUGUUAAAUCAUAAAAGAAAAAAGAGUGCAAUACCAGAAGAGCAGGAGUAAAAAUGCAACAACC